CCACUGUGUCGUCACAAGGGCCGACUCCGGAAACCGUACUUGCUAAUUCUGUCUGAAAGUGUGCUAUUUCCCCAAAGUUGGGCGAGAGUGCUGUCCUGCUCAGUUCUCGAGUUGCAUCUCUGACAUGGAGGAAAUGCUGUCCUUCUGGGAUGUGGCCAUUGAUUUCUCUCCAGAAGAGAGGGAAUGCCUGGACUCUGCUCAGUGGAGUCUGUACAGGGAUGUGAUGCUGGAGAACUACAGCCACCUGGAUUUCCUGGGUCUUGCUGUCUCUAAGCCAUUCCUGGUGACAUUUCUGGAGCAAAGACACGGGCCUUGGGAUGUGAAGAGACCAGCAGCUGCCACUGUGCCCCCAGGAAAAACACUCAAUAAAUGUAAAGAUUUCAGCAAGGCCUUUUACUGCAAUUCACUGCUUAUUCAACACCAGAGAAUUCGUACAGGGAAGAACUCCUUCAAGUGUGAAGAAUGUGGCAAGGCCUUUAAUAGUAACUCACACCUUUCUGAACACCAUAGAAUACAUACUGGAGAAAAACCCUACAAAUGUGAAGAAUGUGGCAAGGCCUUUCGUGUUCGCUCAAGACUUUCUGUACACCAGAGAGUUCAUACUGGAGAAAAACCUUACAAGUGUAAAGAAUGUGGUAAGGCCUUUAAUACUCAUUCAAACCUUUCUGAACACCGGAGAAUACAUACUGGGGAAAAACCCUACAAAUGUGAAGCGUGUGGCAAGGCCUUUAGCACUCGCUCAACACAUUAUAGACACCAGAAAAAUCAUACUGGAGAAAAACCAUACAAGUGUGAAGAGUGUGCCAAAGUAUUUUCCUACCCUUCAUUGCUUAAGGUACAUCAAAGAGUUCAUUCUGUAGAGAAGUCAUACAAGUGUGAAGAAUGUGGGAAACCAUUUUACUGUCCUUUAUUGCUUAAGAAGCAUCAAAUAAUUCAUUCCUCAGAGAAACCCUACAAGUGUGCAGAAUGUGGCAAAGCAUUUCACUAUCCUUCAUUGCUUAAGCGACAUCAAAGAAUUCAUGCUGGAAAGAAACCCUGUAAGUGUAAAGAUUGUGACAGGGCGUUUUACUCUUCUGCAUUCCUUAAGCGUCAUCAAAGAAUUCAUUCUGAAGAGAAUUCCUACAAGUGUGGAGCAUGUGGCAAAAGGUUUUAUUCUAUUCCACACCUUCAGGAUCACCAAAGAUUUCAUUCUGGAGAGAAACCAUACAAAUGUGAACAAUGUGGGAAAACAUUUUCUACUCUCUCAUACCUUCCAUGGCAUAAAUUGCGUCAUUCUGAGGAGAAAGCGUACAAAUGUGAAAAAUGUGGGAAAAUGUUUUAUUCUACUCUGGACCUUAAGAAACACCAAAAAACUCAUGAAUAUAAAUGUGGGGAAUGCCACUGUGGCUUUCCUAAUUACUCAGCCCUCACUGCGCACCAGAGAGUUCAUACUGGAGAGAAACCUCACGUAUGUGAACAAUGUGGGAAGGACUUUUCUAGGCUCGAUAGCCUCAAUCAGCACCAGAUUGUUCACACCGGAGAGAAACCCUAUAAAUGUGAAAAAUGUGGCAAAUGUUUUUUCCGUUCUUCAUCCCUCAAAAGACAUCAAGGAAUUCAUUUAUUACAUACAACUCACUCUCCCAGGACUCCUGCAACGCCAUUGCAUAGACUUGUGGGAAAUGUAGUCUGUAUCGCGGUGACGUCACAGGUCGGUACUUUGGUAAACAAGAGUUCAGCAUUUGGUAAGCAUGUGCGGCUCGUAUCCAAAGCUGGGCCAGACUCUGGUCCUUUUAGGCUCUCCGGUUGGAUCUCUGACAUGGAGGAAAUGCUGUCCUUCAGGGAUGUGGCCGUUGAUUUCUCUCCAGAAGAGAGGGAAUGUCUGGAGCCUGCUCAGUGGGAUCUGUACAGGGACGUGAUGCUGGAGAAUUACAGCCACCUGGAUUUCCUGGGUCUUGCUGUCGCUAAGCCUUACUUGGUAACAUUUCUGGAGCAAAACCAAGGGUCUUCGGGUGUGAAAAGACAAGCAGCAGCCGCCAGUCCUCCAGGAACAACAGGCAGUGAAUUUAACAAUCACAGCGAGGCCAUUGAUCACAACUCUCUAAGUAUUCAAUGCCAGAGAAUUCAUACAGGAGAGGAACCCUACUACUUUGAAGACUGUGGUAAGGCCCUUAAUUCUCACACAACACUUUCUAUACGCCAGAGACGUUACAUUGGAGACAAACCCUACAAGUGUAAAGAAUGUCACAAAACCCUUAGCAGUCGCUCAUCACUUUUAAUACACCAGAAAUAUCAUACUGAUGAAAAAACCUACAAGUGUGAAAAAUGUGGCAAAGGGUUUUUGCGUUCCUCACAUCUUCAGCAUCAUCAAAAGAUUCAUACUGGCGACAAACCAUACAAAUGUGAAGAGUGUCACAAGGCCUUUCUGCAUCACUCCUAUCUCAGGAAGCACCAGGCGGUUCACACUGGAGAGAAACCCUACAAGUGUGAGGAGUGUGGAAAUUCAUUUUACUAUCCUGCAAUGCUGAAGCAGCAUCAAAGAAUUCAUUCUGGAGAGAAACCUGACAAGUGUGAGGAGUGUGGAAAAGUAUUUUCCUCUGCUUUCUUCCUGAACCAGCAUAAAGGAAUUGAUUCUGGAGAGAAAAGGUACAAGUGUCUAGAAUGUGGCAAAUCCUUCUGCUAUCGUUCAUAUCUUAGGGAACAUUCCAGAAGGCAUUCUGGAGAGUAUCCCUACAAGUGUGAAGAGUGUGGCAAAGGGUUUUCCCGUUCUUCAAAGCUUCAGGAACACCAAACAAUUCACACUGGAGUUAAACCAUACAAGUGUGAAGAGUGUGGGAAAUGUUUUUCCUCUUUUACAUCCCUUAAGAGACAUCAAAUCAUCCAUUCUGAAGACACUCCCCAUGAGUGCAUAGAAUGUGGCAAAAGGUUUUCUAGUUCUUCCCGCCUUCAGGAACAUCAAAAAAUUCAUACUGAAGAGAAACCGUACAAAUGUGAAGAAUGUCACAAGGCCUUUCUUUACCACUCGUUUCUUAGGAGACACAAAGCAGUUCAUACUAGAGAGAAACCCUAUACGUGUGAGGAGUGUGGGAAAUGUUAUACCUCUUUUACAUCCCUGAAAAGACAUCAGACCACCCAUUGUGUAGACACUCCCCAUGAGUGGAUAUAAUGUGGCAAAAGCUUUUCUUGUUUCGCAUGUCUUCUGGAACAUCAAAAAGUCAUACUGGAAAGAAACCAUGUCAAUGUGAAGAUUGUCACAAAGCUUUUAUCACUCCUUUCUUAGGAGACACAAGGCAGUUCAUACUGGAGAGAAGCCCUACAAGUGUAAAGAGUGGGGCAGAUGGUUUUCCUUUUCUUCAGCCUUAGACAACUUCAAAUAAUUAAUUGUGAAGACAGUCCCUACAAGUGUGGGGAAUGUGGCGGAGCCUUUUCUACACUGUCUACUCUUACAAAACACAAGUUUGUUCAUUCUAUAGAGAAACUGUUGAAGUAGGAACAAUGUGGGAAAGCCUUUGCUUCUAAUUCUUCCCUGAUUUAGCACAGGUUAAGUCAUACUGGAGUGAAUUCUUACCAGUGUGAAGAACAUAGGAACAUGUUUGACUCUACUUCACAACUGAAGAAACAAAAAAAUUCAGUGUUAAGAGAAAGCAUAGAAAUGUGACGGCUGUGGAAGAGCCUUUUCCACUGAGUGCUACCAGCAUACAGUAGUUCUUACUGGAGAGUAACACCAGAGACGUGGAGAGUGUAGCAAAAUGUUGUACUCUAGAGCCUAAAUUCCAAGGUAUUCACACUGGAGAAAAACCAUAGAAGUAUGAAGAGUCACCUUACCUCUGUGUAUCCACUAAGUUAAUUAGUUUGAAAUGUUAAAUAUCUAAUAUUCACAAACACAAAUGCGAAGAAUAUAAUCAGGUCACAGUAAAAACCUUUUUGAUCUUUGAUGUAAUCUCCCCUCUACUGCAUAAACCAGUGGGAUUGGAAUAUACCUAGAUUGAUCAUUUCUUUCUUCUUUGACUAUCAAUAUACCAUAAAACUGUUACACAUUAUUGUUUAGGUUACCUGAAUCUUAGUACUGGGCCACGAUAUACUUACUGUUGUUUUCCCCAUGGAGACCCAAGCACCUAUAAUAAUGUCUCUUGUGGGUUUUGUAGGAAGCUCCAUAAACUCACACUUUUCACCAAGUUUGAUUUGGAUGAAAUGAUCUGCUUUGGUCCCAGCCAGCCUGAGGUGAAUGAGAACUAGUGUUUGUCUUCCCAGUAAACCCCAAAAGAAGAGAUUAUCUGUCGUGUUUGGUUCCAGAAUAAAGAAUCUCUGAUCUGCUUUAA